AUGAGCCACGCAGUAUUUGUACCUUUUGCCGCCUGGGGCCACGUCCGACCUCUCCUCCACCUUGUCGUCCAGCUCGUCACACUCCACCCCCAGCUCAAGGCUACUAUCCUUCUCUGCCCGACGGUUGCCCCGCGGGUCCACAAGGAGCUCGCUUCGGCCAACCUCUCUCACACACGCAACACCACCGACGGCGCGUCCGCUCUCGGCCGAGUGCAGCUUGUCGAAGUGCAAGUCAAGGAUGCGGGCACCAACGAGCCCGGAAAGCCGAAGGACCUCGUCGCUGACAUGGCUGCCGACGCCAUCGCCUAUGCGGAAGCUAUCUCUGGGUAUCUUGCUGCUCUGUUCGGCGAAGGCGCUCCGGGGGCGCCCAUCCUGGGAGACAAGUUCAAGGACAUCAAGCCGAACAUGGUCAUCUUCGACAUGUUCCAGUCUUUCGUUCUCGCUGUCGUCCAUCAACUGUCGGAGCAGUCUGGAGGCAAGAUUGGCAAGAUCCCGGUCUUUGCAUUCGUACCGUCUGGCCCUACUUCUAUGAUCCAUCACUUGGCCAAGGAGGAGUACGGUGGCUUCAUCGGACCUAUAUCUCGCAAGGUCGAAGAGGCAGUCGCCGAGGGACAAGACCCUAUGCCCAUGAUUGCUGCUAUCCUGGGCAAGGCGCCUGUCCUGGCGAUGUUCGCCAUGUUCCAGACAUUCUGGUCUCCUUAUCUCACCGGCACGAUCGGUACCGCGGUCGAGGAGAUGGAGACGGAGGCCAAGCUGUUCUUCGAGCAGCAUCUCGGGAAGCCGUGGCUCUUUGUUGGCAUCCAAUACCCCGAGAACUUCUGA